AACGGGCUCAUAACGUGUAAGAAUGUCACAUGCAGUUAUCAUCAUGUAAACCUUUCUUUUUAAUUUGUUUUUAUUUGUUCAAAGAAAAGAAAAAUAAUAAUUGGGGCUUUUUUUAUUUUAAUGAAUCUUAGGAGAGAGGUAGGAUUAUGAUGAAAUUUGCAGAUUUGAUUGAUGAACAUGUAGAAGAAUUAGGUGCCUUGGAGGCUAUUGAUGCUGGGAAAUUGUUUGGUCUAGCUAAGUUACAUGACAUUCCUUCGGGAGCAAAUACGCUACGAUACUAUACGGGUGCAGCCGAUAAAAUUCAUGGGGAGGUGUUGAAAAUGUCUCGAGAGUUUCAUGCUUAAAAAUUGCGUGAGCCAAUUGGUGUCGUAGGACUCAUCAUUCCCUGGAAUUUCCCAACCACCAUAUUAUUUAGCGAGGUUAGCCCUGCCUUAGCCGCCGGCUGCACUAUGGUCAUCAAGCCCGCCGAGCAAACACCGGUUUCAGCUCUUUACUAUGCUCAUCUUGCUAAGUUGGCUGGUAUCCCAAAUGGAGUUCUAAAUGUUGUCACGGGAUUUGGACCAACUGCUGGUGCUGCCAUUAGCUCUCAUAUGGACAUUGAUGGGGUCAGUUUCACUGGUUCCACGAAAAUAGGAUGUGAAAUAAUGCAGGCUGCAGCAAAAAGCAAUUUGAAAGUGGUUUCACUUGAAUUAAAGGCAAGUCACCCCUUGUAA